CAGUGUGCUCUCCAAAACAAAUACGUUCGUUUCGGUCGCAUUGUUUUUCUCAGAUUAAAUUCUGAACUGAAUCCUUUCGGACUCCUCGUGAUUCUCUUCUUAUCUCGGUGAUCUGGCACCACGUGUCGUUGUUUAUCCCUAGGCGCGCUCGGUAGAACCUCAUCGUCGCCGUAAUGGAAGUCGAACAAGUCGCUUCCGACUCGGAAAACGUGGCGGUGGAUGGGCCUGAGAAGCCGGUGGACGGCGCCGGGGACGCCGCGACGCCGCACUCUGAGCGCCUCCGACGCAAGAACAAGAAGUUCCUCCGAACUAACAGCAAAGAGAAGGAGACAGUCGCCGCCGCGCCUACUCCGCUCCCCAAAUAUCGCAGCUGGAAGAACAGUCGACGACCACGCAAUGGCCACGGCCGGGGCUUGCCCAAGAAAGGGGGCGCCGGAGGCAAGGGUGUCUGGGGCAUCCCCGGGUCAGAACUCCUCGAAGAGUUGGAGGAGGACGCCAACGACCCCAACUACGACCCAGAGGCCGCCGGCGGGGACCUGGAGCUCAAGCAGCUCAUACUGGAGGCCGACGCCGAGGAGAUCGUCCGCAAGUCGGAGUCAGUGAUCCUGGAGUACUUCGAGCACGGGGACACGGGCGCCGCCGCCGAGGAGUUCCUCGAGUUCGUCACCUCCAGCCGGAGCCAUGUGAUAUGCGAGACGAUAGUGGAGGUGGCGCUAGACCACAAGCCGUCGCACUGCGAGAUGGCGUCCGUACUUAUAUCUGAUCUCUACGGGAGGGUGUUCACGGCUAAGGACAUCGCUUUAGCCUUCGAGAACCUCCUGGACCGUCUCCCGGACCUGGUGCUGGACACGCCCGAGGCCCCCACGCUGGUGGCCAACUUCAUCGCGCGCUGCGUCGCCGACGACUGCCUGCCGCCGCGCUUCGUGCAGCGGACUGAUUACGCCAAUGACUACGCCAGACAAGCGAUCCACCGCGCGGAGACGCUGCUGUCCAUGAAGCAGGGGCUGGUGCGCCUCGACAACAUCUGGGGCGUCGGCGGCGGCAUCAGGCCAGUGAAAUCCCUCAUCAGACAGAUCCAACUGCUGCUCAAGGAGUACCUCACUUCAGGAGACCUGGCGGAGGCGGCGCGCUGUGUGCGCGGGCUGGAGACGCCACACUUCCAUCACGAGCUGGUGUACGAGACGAUCCUGCUGGCCAUCGAGACCAUCAACUCGUCAGUGGAGGAGCAGCUGUGCACGUUCCUGGCGGAGCUGCGGCGCUCGCUCGCCGUGUCCCCCGAGCAGAUGGACCGGGGCUUCCUUCGCGUGCUUGAAGACAUGUCGGACAUCGUUCUGGACGUGCCGCUCGCGUACAUCAUGCUGGACCGCUUCGUGGACAAGUGCACGCGGCGGUUCCGCCUCGGGGACCACGUGCUCAAGCGUAUGCCUACCAGAGGGCGCAAGCGCUUCGUGUCCGAGGGCGACGGUGGCGCCAUCAAGGAUCACGCGCUGAAACUGCGGGAGUAGAUCCCCCGCCCCGCCCGCGCCGCACCCCCGCUGACGUCUACACCGGAAGAAGGCAUUGUCUAUGGCAGGUUGAAGUUCAAACAAUGAUGUCGAUUCUGAAGGCACUAAACUUUAU